AUGGUCUUCAAGUCAAAAUUUCUGGCCGCCUCUGGCCUCUUCCUGUCUCUUGCCUCCCUCGGUUGUGCACAUCCCGGAGAAGGUCAUCAGAAACGGGUCCAAGAGGCGAGCAAUGCUCACAUGGUUGCGGCGCUCAAUGCUCGAGCUUUGGAAGCCUGUAACCAAAGACCAGAGGUGAAGGCCAGAAAGGAGCGUGCAAUAGCUCGUCGGCAGGCGACUUUCACCGAGCUUCGCCAAAAGAGAGGCCUCAAGGAUGAAUCCUUUGUCCACCGCAGAGAUGAUGCGGCAUUCCAGAAAUGGGCCGCGGUAGACCACAACAAGACGGGUAUUGUCGACUUUGGCCAGGAUACGCCAGCCGAGGACCUCUUUGCCUCCAACACGAGCUGCCUCCUGGCGCCCGACAAUGCCAAUGGUCCCUACUUUGUCUACCAGGAGCUCAUUCGGCAGGACGUGGUCGAGGACGAGCCGGGCGUGCCCAUGCACCUCGAGUUCCAGUUCAUCGACGUCAACACGUGCGAGCCGGCCGAUGUGCUGGUCGACAUUUGGUCCUGCAACAGCACCGGACAGUACAGUGGCGUCAGCGCCGAGGGCCAGGGUGGUCUCGCCUCGAGCUAUCUCCGUGGCGUGCAGCCCACGGACGACGAGGGCGUUGUCAACUUUGACACGCUCUUUCCUGGACACUAUGAAGCACGGGCGUCGCAUCAACACAUAAUUGUUCACGUGGGGUCGAAAAUCCUCGACAAUGGGACGUACACUGGCGGCGUCGUGGCUCACCUGUCCCAGCUCUUCUUUGACCAAAAGCUCAUCGACGCCGUCGAGCAGCUCGAACCCUACAAUACAAAUCAGAUCGCCCAGACUCCGAAUCUGGAGGAUGCUUUUGCUGGAUACGGCGCAACGGAAGAAUACGAUCCGUUCAUCAACUACAUUGUUCUAGGCAGUGACUUGUCUUCUGGUCUCUUUGCCUGGGCUGAGCUCGGUCUCAACACGAGCUCCAACUGGGAUCUCUAUGCCCCAUACGCGUCCAUCUGGAAGGAGGGCGGUGGAUCAGAUAACCCAGCAUUCAACUUUUCUAUUGUUGGAACACCCCCACCCACUCACGGUUAA